AUGUCGGGUGAGGCAAACAGCACCUUAAUGAUCAUAGUAGUUGGAGAGUUUUCUGUGGGGAUUUUAGGAAAUGCAUUUAUUGGACUGGUAAAUUGCAUGGACUGGAUCAAGAAUAAGAAGAUUGCUCCCAUUGAUUUAAUCCUUACAAGUCUGGCCAUAUCCAGAAUUUGUCUGUUGUGUGUAAUACUAUUAGAUUAUUUUAUAUUGGUGCUGUACCCCGAUAUCUAUGCCACUGGUAAACAAAUGAGAAUCAUCGACUUCUUCUGGACACUAACCAACCAUGUCAGCGUCUGGUUUGCCACCUGCCUCAGCAUUUUCUAUUUCUUCAAGAUAGCUAAUUUCUGCCAUCCAUUUUUCCUCUGGAUGAAGUGGAGAAUCAACGGGGUGAUUCCUGGGAUCUUGCUGGUAUGCUCAGCCCUGUCUCUGUUUAUUAGCCUUCCUGUCACUGAGAAUUUGAAUGAUGAUUUCAGGCUUUGUGUCAAGACAAAGGUGAAAAGAAACUUAACUUUAAGAUGCUGUGAAAAUAAAACUCAAUAUGCUUCCAUCAAGGUAUUGCUCAACCUGUUGACGCUGUUCCCCUUUUCUGUGUCCCUGGUCUCCUUUCUCCUCUUGAUCCUCUCCCUAUGGGGACACAUCAGGCAGAUGCGGCUCAACACCACAGGUUGCAGAGACCCCAGCACAGACGCCCAUGUGGGAGCCCUGAAAGCUGUCGUCUCCUUCCUCCUCCUGUUCAUCGUCUACUCUCUGUCCUUUCUCGUAGCCACGUCCAGUUAUUUCAUUCCAGAGACUGAGUUAGCUGUGAAGAUUGGUGAGUUGGUAGCUCUAAUCUACCCCUCAAGCCAUUCAUUUAUCUUAAUUCUGGGGAACAAUAAAUUAAGACAAGCAUCUCGAAAGGUGCUAUGUAAAGUAGCGCAUGCGCUAAAAAGAAGAAAUUUCUGA